AUGGAGAUGAAUAUGGUAGACGCUGCUAAUGGAAGAGCAUUGGUCAACAUGACUCCCCAACAAGCGAGAGACUUGAUCUCUACGAUGGCUGCAAAUUCUCAGCAUUUUCGAGCUAAUACUGACCCCCCUAGAAGGGUUCACCAGCUAAGUAAUUCAACCUUAGAGGAUAAAGUUGAUAGACUUACUAAUAUUAAGAACUCUCUUAUUGCAGAAAAAGUGAAGACAUUUCGAUUAUGCAGAAUAUGUACUACACCUGAUCAUGCAACUGAUGCAUGUCCCAAUUUGUAUGAUGAUACCACGACCCAUCUAGAUGCUGUGGGAAAUUUCCUUGGGCCGCCACAAAGGCAGUACGACCUCUACGCUAAUACCUACAACCCAGGGUGGAGGAACCAUCCUAACUUAAGCUAUGGGGCAAAUCCACGAAACAACCAGCCAUACCAAAAUUGGUUUCUGCAACAGUCGCAAGGUUCAGGUAAUUUUCUAGAAACCAUGGUCAAUAAGUUAGCAGCUAAUGUUCUUGAUUUUCAACAGCAAAAUCUUAAUUUCCCAAAAAAGAUGAAGGAUUUCCAACAGAAAAUCGAGGCAUCCAUCAGAGAGUUGACCACAUCGAUCGAGAAAUUGACCUCUCAAGGGAAGCUGCCGUCACAAACAGAACCAAACCCUAGACAAAAUGAAAAUACAGUGACGUUGCGAAGCAGAAAGGUAUUAGAACCAAUUCCUGACAGGAAUCUUGCUCAAGAAAUCGCCCAAGAAAAACCCGAGAAAGACGAACAGUGUCGAAGAGGUAAAGAGGAUAAGGAAAUUCUUGAAAUAUUUAGAAAUGUCGAGAUCAAUAUUUCGCUGUUGGACGCCAUCAAACAAAUACCGCGGUAUACCAAAUUUCUUAAAGAGCAUUGCACCAACAAGCGAAAAUUAAUAGGUAAUGAAAGGGUGAAUGUUGGUGAGAAUGCAUCUGCAGUGUUACAGCGGAAAAUGCCGGUAAAAUGCAAGGAUAGGGGCAUGUCUGUUGUGCAUCCAAAAGAAGUCCUUGAGGAUGUUCUGGUAAAAGUUAACGAGCUUAUUUUCCCUGCAGAUUUUUAUGUGAUCAAAAUAGAGGAGGAUAGCACUCCUGGAUCUUCAGAUCUCUUGUUGGGUCGACCGCUCCUUAGUACAGCAAGCAUCAGAGUUGGAGUUAGAACCCGCAGAACAGGCAAGGAAAUUAGACAUCCAAGAGUUAGAAGAAAUUCUCAAUGA